AUGUCAGCAUACAGCAGAAGAUAUACUGAUGGGCCUCUGAACUAUGGACAGGACAUAAGAGGUCGAUCUGAAAAAAAGGUAGAAGCGGCACAAACUACAAAAUGGUCAGGCACCCCAUCAAGACAUAAGAAAAUUGGAAAAGAAGAUUUCGAUACUAUUAUAACAGGGCAUUUGACUCAAGAACAGAUGGAUGCUUACCAACAAUACUUUAGAAUUGAGGAAAUUUCAGAUAUACUAAGGAUUGCUCUGGAACUGCAAUCAGAAGUUCUCAGUUUACUUCCAUCAGGUAAUAUUACAAACAACCCAAAUUAUGAAAGAGAACCUUCACCACCACCGAAAUAUGACCCAUCUGGUAACAGAACUAACACAAGAGAGGCAAGGACCAAACUAGCUCUUGAAAAAGAAAGGCAUUAUUUAGUUGAAGUUGCGGCUGGUAGCAUAAAGAAUUAUAUGUCUCCAAUCGACUACCGCAAACCAGUUAAAACGUACGAAAAAAUUUAUAUACCCGUUAAAGAUUAUCCAGACAUUAAUUUUGUGGGGCUAUUGUUAGGACCAAGAGGAAAUACGUUGAGACAAUUACAGGAAGAUAGUGGAGCAAGAUUGGCGAUUAGAGGGAAGGGUUCAGUGAAAGAUGGUAAGUCUACUUCAUCGAAUAAUGAUGAAGAUGAUUCCAACAGUUCAUUAUCAUUUUCGAAUCCAAAUCUUAAUUCGAGUGGUAACGAUGAUUUGCAUGUUGUAAUAACGUCUGAUUCUCAGCUGAAAAUAGCAAAGGCCAUAAAAUUGACUAAUCAAGUUAUUGAAAAGGCCAUUUCAUCGCCAGUUGGACAAAAUGACUUGAAGAGGGGUCAGUUAAGAGAGUUAGCUAUAUUGAAUGGUACAUUGAGAGAAACUAAACCUUACAACCCAGAAGCGAUGCAGUCCAGACGUCGCCCAGGGUUGGAUGUCUCACAGCUUGUUUGUAAGCUGUGUGGAAAAGUUGGUCAUUUCGCGAGAGAUUGUAAAUUUAGAGGACCUGCUGAUAGCAGUAAUUAUGCAGCAGCACCUGAACAACCUGAUUCAUAUCAACAGGCACCAUAUUCUGAUUCAAGAAGACAAAGAGAAGAAGACGAUUCAAGAAAGAACGGCAGAGAAGAAAUAUUACCACCAUGGAAAAAAAAGAAGCCCAAUGUACCUUUACCACCAUGGCAGAAACCCCAACAACCACAGACAUCAUCAGAUGUUCCACCUCCGCCAGCAGGGUUGGCACCUCCCCCUCCACCGGCUACUUUGGUACCACCACCACCUCCAAGUAUAAUUUCAGCACCACCCUCAGGUAUAACACCACCACCACCACCUUCAAAUGCCGUACCACCACCACCUCCAGGUUUAGCAUCAGUACCAUCUUCAGAUAAAGCACCGCCACCACCACCUACAAGUAAUAUGCCACCACCACCUGCAAGUAAUAUGCCACCACCACCUUCAAACAAUCCACCACCACCUCUGUCUGCGAAAUCCGCUGCACCACCACCGCCGCCACCAGCAGUUUGA